AUGGUGGACAAUGCUGAUGAAUGGGUCCAAGGGACCAUACAAUAUUAUACGCAAGCUAUUCAAAAUUAUGCUGGUUCACAAGAUGAAGCUGUAGAUGAAAUUUUUCCAAAUAUUCAGCAAAAUCAGGAACUCAUUCUUCGAAGUUACUUUAGUGCCCAUGAAGACGGAGUUGAUGAAAUUGAAAUUCGGAUAAAUGAUCUGCAACUUCAAUUUCAACAUUUUUGUACCAUUGAGCGAAGUAGUUUCGAUCAUCAAAUUCGUCAGCUUAAAAGUACAAUCUUGUUAAGUCAACAACUUAUUCAGCAAAUUCAAAUUCAUCUAAGUUUGGUUCAACAAAGUCCAGAUGAGACUGGAAUUCAGCUAAGACGGACCCGGGAGCUUCAACUUCAUAAAGUUCAGCAUCUGCAUAAACUACUAGAUAACCGAAAACAAAUAAUAAUUCAAAAGAUACUAAAUUUUUAUGUUAAAAAAGUAGUUGAUGGUCAUAAAGUUACUCCCGAAAUUGUUGAUCGAUGUUUAAUGAAUAACGAUGUAGGACCCAAAUUGUUUGCCGAUAUUAGUGGUAUAAUUAAGCAUCCAACUUACAAGAAGUCUAACUAUCAUCAUCAUGGGGGGAUUAGGUGCAAUUGGGAUGAGGAAACUUCUAAUGCCUUUAAUUCGAUCGUGGGGGAAUAUGAUGAAUAUAUAAAUAAGUUAAAAACAAAUCACGGCAACAUUAAGACCGUGUCGAUGAAAUUCUUGGUAGAAAUUGAUCUGGUAGUUAAUAAUGAAUAUUCUUACGAUAAGCCAAAAAUGUAA